AUGGGUCUGGAGGAGCUUCAGAGGGAGGGUGAGACCCUCGUCGCCUCUGCCGGUCCCUACCAGUUCACUCGCAGCCGCAAGGACGCUGGCUGGGGCGUGGCCUUUGGCCUGGCCUACGCUGCCGUCGUGGUCGCCGGCAUCUACGGCUAUGUGAACAGGAACCCUGACUUUGCCCUGAUCAACCAGGACUACCUGUCCGAUCCCGAGAACUGCCCCCUGCAUGGCGGGCGCCGCCUGCGGGAGGCGGGCCAGGGCGACCUCCCCGCCUUUGACGCCGGCGAGUUCAUGUCCCAGGCCGCGGGCUGGCUGGGCGCCGGCGUCGCGUUGUCCCUGCUCCUGGGCGCCGCCUUCCUGCGCCUCUUCCAGCACCUGCCGGAGACCAUGACCCGGGCCACGGUGCUCAUCCAGGUGGCCGCCCCGCUGGCGGUGGGCGCUGGCAUGCUCGGCUCCGGCCAGGGCCGCGCCUCGCUCCUGCCCCUGGGUCUGGCCGCGCUGUCCGGCCUGGCCUUCUACCUCUGGCGCGCCGAGAUCGGGCUGGCCUCCCGUCUGCUGGGCGUGUCAGCCCACGGCCUGGCCGCCAACCCCCACCUCAUCACCACCUCGGUGCUGCUGGGCGUGGCCAGCGUGGCCACCGCCACGCCCCUGGCCGCCGCCCUCGUGCUGUCCUUCAUGAACGGCGACGUGGUGCCCAAUCCGGGGCGCGACCUGGCGGCCGCCGGCGGUGCGUGCCUGGACGAGGCCGGCGACCCCGUGCUCUGCUGCGCCUGGGGGGUGGACCCCUGGGUCAAGCCCGCCGCGGCCCUCGGCGCGCUCGCCAUGCUCUGGACCCUGCUCCUGGCCAACCAGGUGCGGGUCUACGUCAUCUCUGGCACCGUCGCGCAGUGGUACUUUGCGCCGCCGGGCGCGCUGCAUGCGACGCGCGGCACCACGCGAUGCGCGCUGGGCCAUGCCUUCGGGCCCAGCUUCGGGUCGCUGGCCCUCUCCUCCCUCGUGCUCACCAUCACUGAGGCCCUGCGCAACAGCGCGGAGAGGAAUGCCCAGGAAAACCAGGAUGUGCUGUCGUGGGUGAUGUCCUGCAUUGCCCAGUGCCUCGCGGGGAUCGUUGAGUACCUCACCAAGUUUGCCACGGUGUUCAUGGCCAUCACCGGCGACGCUUUCUUUGCCGCGGGGCGACGCGUCACCGACCUCCUGGCACGCAACCUGCUGGACGCCUUUGCCUCCACCAUCUGGUUUACGCCCAUGGUCAUUCAGCUGGCGGCCUUCAGCAUGGCGGUGGGCUGGGGCUUCGCCUCUGGCGGUGUCUACUACCUGGCCCACCGCGGUGCAGCGGCGGGGGUGGAGGCCUCCCCCGGCCUGAAUGCCGCGGUGCUGGGUGGCAUGGUGGGCCUGGCUUCGCUCUUCCUCCUCAACUUCCUGGGCGGCGUGCUGCUGGCGGUGCUGGACGCGGCCUUCGUCUGCUGGGCGCUGGACCGCGACGCGCAGAGUGUGAGCCACCCGGAGAUCGCACAGGCCUUUGACGCCGUGCCGCGCAAGGGCGCGGUGGUGGAGCAGCCCGGCGGCGGGCUGGCCUACGGAGGCCUGGCGCAUGAGGCCCCCGCCCAGCAGCGCGUGUGA